UUGGGGGCGUUGACCACUGAGGCUGAGCUGUGCGCGUCCCUGAGGCGAGAGGCGGCUCCGCUUCCCGCCCGCUCAAACCUCGCGCUCCCGCAGCGCCCUCAGCUCCCCCCGCGCCGUCGCCAACGCCAUGGACAACUCUUACGAGAACACGAUGGGCGUGGAACCCUACAUGGCACCCGAGGAGGACUGGGACCGCGAGCUACUGCUCGACCCUGCCUGGGAGAAGCAGCAGCGCAAGACGUUCACGGCAUGGUGCAACUCACACCUGCGCAAGGCCGGCACAGGCAUCGAGAACAUCGAUGAAGAUUUCCGCAACGGCCUGAAACUCAUGCUGCUCCUUGAGGUUAUCUCAGGUGAGCGUUUGGCCAAGCCGGAGAGGGGAAAGAUGAGAGUGCACAAGAUCUCCAAUGUCAACAAGGCUCUGGAUUUCAUUGCCAGCAAGGGUGUGAAGCUCGUGUCCAUUGGUGCAGAAGAAAUUGUGGAUGGAAAUGCAAAGAUGACCCUGGGUAUGAUCUGGACAAUUAUUCUGCGUUUCGCCAUUCAGGACAUCUCUGUUGAAGAAACCUCUGCCAAGGAGGGCCUCCUGCUCUGGUGCCAGCGGAAGACGGCUCCGUAUAAAAACGUCAACGUGCAGAACUUUCACAUCAGCUGGAAGGAUGGCUUGGCAUUCAAUGCCCUCAUACACAGGCACCGGCCGGACCUGAUCGACUACGAGAAACUGCGAAAGGAUGAUCCCAUCACAAACCUCAACAAUGCCUUCGAAGUGGCAGAAAAGUACUUGGACAUUCCAAAGAUGCUGGAUGCAGAAGACAUCGUGGGCACAGCACGUCCAGAUGAGAAGGCCAUCAUGACCUACGUGUCGUGUUACUACCAUGCAUUCUCGGGCGCGCAGAAGGCCGAGACGGCGGCUAACAGAAUCUGCAAGGUCCUGGCUGUCAACCAGGAGAAUGAGAAACUCAUGGAGGACUACGAGCACAUGGCCAGCGAUCUGCUGGAUUGGAUCCGGCGCACCAUCCCGUGGCUGGAGAACCGUGUGCCGGAGAACACCAUGCAGGCCAUGCAAGGCAAACUGGAGGGCUUCCGCGACUACCGCCGCGUGCACAAGCCGCCCAAGGCCCAGGAGAAGUGCCAGCUGGAGAUCAGCUUCAACACGCUGCAGACCAAGCUGCGGCUCAUGAACCGCCCCGCCUUCAUGCCCUCUGAGGGCAAGAUGGUCUCGGACAUCGCGAAUGGCUGGUCCAUGCUGGAGCAGGCGGAGAAGGGCUACGAAGAGUGGCUCCUCAAUGAGAUCCGACGCCUGGAGCGGCUCGACCAUCUGGCCGAAAAGUUCAGGCAGAAGGCCAAGAUCCACGAGGCGUGGACCGCAGGCAAGGAGGCAAUGCUGGAGAAGCGCGACUAUGACUCGGUGUCUCUGACGGAGCUCAAGGCGCUGCUGCGCAAGCACGAAGCCUUUGAGAGCGACUUAGCUGCUCACCAGGACCGAGUGGAGCAGAUCGCCGCCAUUGCCCAGGAGCUCAAUGAGCUGGACUACCACGACGUGUCGAGCGUGAACGCACGCUGCCAGGACAUCUGUGCCGAGUGGGACAAGCUCGGCGACCUCACCCAAAGGCGCAAGGAUACCCUAGAGAGGACAGAGAAGGUCCUGGAGACCAUCGACCAGCUGUACUUGGAGUUCGCCAAAAGGGCGGCGCCCUUCAACACGUGGAUGGACGGAGCUGUGGAGGACCUGCAGGACAUGUUCAUCGUUCACACCAUCGAUGAGAUACAGGGUCUGAUAUCGGCUCACGAGCAGUUCAAGGAUACCCUGCCUGAAGCAGAGAAGGAAAAGAGCGCCAUUCUGGGCGUGCACAACGAGAUUCAGAAGGUGGCGCAGACGUACAACGUCAAGCUGGCCGGGCCCAAUCCGUACAGCGCCAUCACGCCACACGACAUCUCCAGCAAGUGGGAGAGGAUGACACAGCAGGUCCCACUGCGGGACGACUCUCUGCAGGAUGAGCUGGCACGGCAGCAGGCCAACGAGACGCUUCGUCGGCAGUUCGCAGCCUCGGCCAACAUCGUGGGGCCCUGGAUACAAACCAAGAUGGAGGAGAUUGGACACAUCUCCAUCGAGAUGCACGGCACGCUGGAGGAUCAGCUGAACCAGCUGAGACGUUACGAACAGAACAUCAUCAACUACAAACCCAACAUCGACAAACUGGAGAGCGAGUACCAGUUGGUGCAGGAGGCCCUCAUUUUUGACAACAAGCACACCAACUACACAAUGGAGCACAUCCGCGUGGGCUGGGAGCAGCUGCUCACGACCAUCGCUCGCACCAUCAACGAAGUGGAGACCCAGAUCCUGACGCGGGACGCCAAGGGUAUUAGCCAGGAGCAGAUGCAUGAAUUCCGCGCCUCUUUUAACCACUUCGACAAGGAUCACUCUGGCAAGCUGGGUGCGGAGGAGUUCAAGGCUUGCCUCAUCAGCCUGGGCUACGACGUCGGGAAUGACCAGCAGGGAGAAGCAGAGUUUGCGCGGAUCAUGACAGUCGUUGAUCCCAACAACACGGGCCUGGUCACAUUCCAGUCAUUCAUCGACUUUAUGACGCGCGAGACCACCGAUACCGACACAGCCGACCAGGUCAUCGCCUCUUUCAAGAUCCUCGCCGGCGACAAGAACUUCAUCACGGCCGACGAGCUGCGGAGGGAGCUGCCCCCGGAUCAGGCUGAGUACUGCAUCGCCCGCAUGGCCCCGUACCGCGGGCCUGACGCCGUGCCUGGCGCACUCGACUAUAUGUCCUUCUCCACCGCUCUCUACGGCGAGAGCGACCUGUAACCACGGAGAACCGCUCACACACACGCACACCACGCACUCGCACAUUCGCAACACGCAGUCACUAGACACAGCACAUCCAUUCUUGACACCCAACUUCCCUACACUAUUCAAGCAGCUUUCAGAUGAUCCUGACUGCUGCGCACAACAGAGAUCGGUUACUAAGCGUGCAGUUUGCCUAUCCAUGGUCACGCUUGAACAGAUCGUGUGCUGAAGUGUGGACCGAUGCUGUGCAGAAAUUCAUGAUCCUGUCCUGUGAUCCACAUGGAGGAAUGGCGAACUGGAGUCUGACACUCCCACGCAUGACGUGACCACGAAUGAACUUCACUUACUGCGUCCUUGGAGAAGGGGGAAGGACAACAGAACACGAAAUGCAACAAUGAAUUUAAAUCGAACAUACACCUAAACAAGUAUACACAAAACAAACUUCGUGUAUGUACAGUAAACAAAUUUAUUUGGCUUACCACCAUUGGGUUAUUGCUGUAUUUGUUUAUUAUUAAGUAGUUAUCAAGAUUUACAGAAGUGCCCUUUUGUAGAAUAAAAAAUUAAGAGGGCUUUGUUUUUUAUCUAGUAUUUUACUGAUAUUUCUCGUAUCUCAAAACAUGUUAAGGCUUAAUACAUACCAUUUUUAGCCAUCAGCGCAUCAUUGAGGAGAAGCCCAGUGUAUAAAAUAAUGUACCCAGGACAAUACUUAGUUCUUAAAAAAAAUCUAUGCAUGUCCGGUUGGAAAGCAUCAGGCAUAGGGUGAUACUCGGUCUUGUAAAGAAUGUGUUAUUUGAGUAGUAAUGCGAUCUGUUUACAGCAGAGGUGGGAAACGCAGUUAGCAUUGAGUUGUUGAGCUGGGUAGAUCCACAAUUUGGGGGUCUGGUGGUGUGUUUGACUGCACUUGGUGUAGUAUUGGCAUCUGGAAACACAUUGCUUAUUUGGCCUAAUGACUUCACAAUGGUCAGAGAAAUAUUGCCCACCACUGGAUUACAAAAACCUAUAGUUAUUGUUUUCUUAAUAUACAGUAGCAGCGUGUGCUAAAAAUGUAGGGUUUUUAAAUGUAAUGUGUAAUAUGAGAAUCUGUUUAAAAACACAAACCGGAUGUUACAACCCACCACUUUUAAUAGUGUAGGUCUUUACAUUUAAAAGCAACUUGGAUUUUAAUCCCACUGCACAGCAUUGUCAUUUGAAUAACUGCUUCAAGUUGGUGGUCACUGUCCCCCUGCAUUUAAGAAUGUCUUGCUCCCAAGUAAACCCCGUCUUAUUUAUAUGAAACAGUGUUAGAAUUGGAUCGGUGCUGAUUUUAAAUUCUACAUUUAUAUUGUAUCUUAACUUUCUUAUGAAUUUAGUCUUUCCAAUCAUGGGGCUUAGACAAAUGGACCAAGUUACUUAGCUGUAUAAUGGUGUGUUAUUUAACAAUUAUUUUUUACUGUACCACAAUAGUGUUUGCCCUUUAUUUUAAACAUCAAAUGUGGAAAUCAGUGGUUUUUAGUGGAAAGACAGCGAGGUGAAGUGUUAAUCUUGCUGAAUGAAAUGUUGGCGUUUUACGAGUGAUUGCCUUUCCACGGUAUUGUUACAGGGUUUUAACUUUGACCGCAUAUUUUUAAUGUGGACGUGGAGAUAAGCAGGCCUCAAUGAAACUCCACUGGGCAGACCGCAGACGUCCCUGGAUGCAUUGUGCAGAUGUGUAAUCACGUGGGUAAAUAAAGGCUUACGUUGGAUAUAA